GAGAUCAUUACUUGCUUCAUCUCGAGAGGUUUAAACGUCUCUGUAUCGCCGCCGCAACGGCAACCGCAUUUUCCUUCUUAGAACACAAACACAAAUGAAUCGACGUGCGAGUCUUUCUCUCUCCACCGCAUUCUCCAGAAUCAAACACUCCUUUCGCCAAUCACCACUACCUACUUCCCCAAUCCCCUUUAUUCCAUCGAUUCACACCGUCCCAACUUCAAAUUUCCACUCUUUUUCCAAAAUCACAACUACCCAUUUCGCGAUUCGGCAUGACAUAAGAAAUUUCAGUAAUGGAUCAAGCGAGUUGGAUCAUAACAAGGAAGUGGACGAAAUUAAUCUCAAGUUUGCAGAAGCAAGGGAAGAGAUAGAGAUGGCGUUGGAGUCAAAAGAGACUGUGUAUUUCAAUGAAGAAGCUGAGUGUGCUCGUGCCGCCGUCGGUGAAGUGUUGUCUAAGUUUGAAGGGUUGUUGGCUAAGUUGCCGGAGAAAGAGAGAGGAGCUUUGCAGAGGUCUAUGGGUCUCAAGAUUGAACAAUUGAAAGCUGAACUUUUACAAUUGGACGAGUAAGAUAAGACUUUAUAUUGUUGUAUUUGUGACUUAUGCUUUUUAACUUGUUAGUUUAAUCAAUGAAUUCGAUUGGAGAAUGUAGCUUAUAGAUUAUUAUUGUUAGGGUAUUUAUUUUAUAGGCUGGAAUUUUGAAUAAAUACAGUGUAAUGUACGACACCUCUUGAUGGUUUACCUGUGGGGAUUGAUAACUCACAAAUCAUGAUUUUGUUCAUUUAAAACCGA